CACAGGGGGCGGGACCUGGGCUGCCAUUGCACAGCAUUGCUUGUCACUCACAGCUAUGACCACUUCCUUUGUGUUAAUGAAAUGCCCAGCCUUCGUUUCAGCCCAGACACGGAAGAGAAAUGAUCUCUCUGUAACUCUAAGUACGUUUCUAAGAGGUGUGGUAACUGUAAGGCUCUGCAAUGGCUUCAGAGAGGUUAGAUGCCCCUGAGCUUCCUGAUUUUACAGUACUAAAGAGGCUGGCUCGAGAUCAGCUAAUCUAUAUCCUGGAGCAGCUACCUGGAAAAAAAGACUUGUUUAUUGAACCAGAUUUGAUGAGCCCAUUAGAUCGCAUUGCAAAUGUCUCGAUAUUAAAGCAACAUGAGGUGGACAAACUGUAUAAAUUGGAGGACAAGCCUGUUUACAGCAACUCUGACCAAUUGUGUUUUUUGAUCAGACCACGCAUCAAACAAGUGAAAUUUAUUGCUAAUCUUGUGCAUACAGAUAAAGCUUCUGGGAGAAACAGGAAAUACAAAAUCAUAUUUAGUCCCCAAAAGUUUUAUACUUGUGACAUGGUACUAGAGCAGGAGGGAAUCUUUGGAGAUGUUACAUAUGAUGAAUGGUCCUUUUAUCUUCUUCCAUUGGAUGAUGAUGUUAUCAGUAUGGAACUACCUGAAUUUUACAGAGAUUAUUUCCUUGAGGGGGACCAACGCUGGGUUGGGACUGUAGCAAAAGCUCUUCAUUUACUAAAUUCUAUCUUUGGUCCAGUUUCAAAGACAUACGGCAUAGGAAGGUGUUCUAAGAUGGUCUUUGACUUGUGGAGAGACCUGCUAGAAGAGGACGAACGUGAUCAGAAAGAGAGACAAUCUGAUCUGGGAGUUGUCUUUAUGAUUGACAGAGAUGUGGACUAUGUGACUCCUCUGUGUUCCCAAGUUGUUUAUGAAGGACUAGUUGAUGACAUUUUCCGCAUAAAAUGUGGAAGUGUUGAAUUUGGUCCUGAGGUUACUUCAUGUGAUAAGAGUAUAAAGGUCCUUCUAAAUUCUCAAGAUAAGGUCUUUGGUGAAAUCCGUAAUGAACAUUUUUCCAAUGUUUCUGGUUUUCUGAGUCAGAAAGCUCGCAAGUUACAAUCACAGUAUGAUAAACGUCAAGGAAUGGACAUCAAGCAAAUGAAGACAUUUGUGGCCCAAGAAUUAAAAGGUUUAAAGCAAGAGCAUCGCCUUCUGAGUCUGCAUAUUGGAGCAUGUGAGUUCAUAAUGAAAAAGAAAACAAAACAAGAUUUACAAGAACUAAUGAAAACUGAGCACUCAUUAUUAGAAGGAUUUGAAAUACGAGAAAGCAUCGGCUUUAUAGAAGAGCAUAUCAACCGACAGGUCUCUCCCAUUGAAAGUUUACGCUUGCUGUGUCUCCUGUCAAUCACAGAGUAUGGUUUAAUAACCAAAGAUUAUCGCUCACUGAAGACACAAUACCUGCAGAGUUAUGGUCCAGAGCAUCUGCUAACCUUCUCAAAUCUGAAACGAACUGGGCUGCUUACAGAACAAGUGCCAGGGGAAACACUAACUGCUGUUGAGAGCAAAAUGAGUAAACUGGUUACAGACAAGGCCGCGGGUAAACUUACAGAUGCCUUUUCAUCUCUGGCAAAGAAGAGCAAUUUUAGGGGAAUCAGCAAAAAACUUGGUUUGAUUCCUCGAGUAGAUGGAGUAUAUGAUCUAAAGACCCCUAAUGACAUGGCUUAUAUUUUUAGUGGAGCUUACAUCCCUUUAAGUUGUAAACUCAUAGAACAGGUUUUGCAGCGCAAAGGUUGGACAGGUCUUGAAGAAGUCACCCGUCUACUCAAUGGAAAUGAGUUUGUAGCAGAGCAACUCUCUGAUCGUAAUUCAAGCUCAAGUUCCCAGAGGACUAUUGUAGCCGUUUUUCUUGGAGGGUGUACGUUUUCUGAAAUUUCAGCAUUACGUUUUUUAGGAAAAGAAGCAGGAUACAAAUUCAUCAUCUUAACAACAUCAAUUACAAAUGGUGCACGCAUGCUAGAAUCUAUGAUGGAGACAAAAUCAUAGCAUAAGCACAAGGACAGCUGUUUGACUUCAUGUUGACCAACUAAGCAUAAAUAUUUUACAAUAAAUUCUUCAAACUUGGAGACCCAACAGCUACGGCACCUUUAAUGGAUAGGAUUACAUCAAGACUUCCUUCCCUCGGGAUUUAUCAAAAUAGCAUGUUGUUCCUCCUGUACUCAAGCUCGUCGAUCUUCUGCUUCCCACCUCCUGGACCUGGCCAGAUUAGCAUCAGUGCAACAAAAAGCUAAUGUCAAGGAAAUAUGUUAUACUUGCUAAGGCGCUGUGAAGUUUUAUGGGGACAAUGACAGUUAUAUAUAUGAUUCCUUUCAGCAGAGUCACUUUGUAAAUAUAAAUGUAUUAAAAAUGUAUAAUUCUCAUUAGAUAAGUUACCAUUUUUUAAACUACUGUUAUUCCACUCUUCACCCUCCACACAGUUUCACUCCUGCAGGACUUGCCAGCCAUGUAAUUUGUGAUUGUAUUCUCUUACACAUUUAAGAAAGUAGAUGCAAAGUUUAGAGAGGGAAAUGGGUUGAUUUAUACUUAACUUAGAGGUGGGGGGGGGGCAUUCCCAGAGCUGCACUUUACACUUCAAUAUUAGAAAAACGGUCACAAAUAAAUAAUAGAAAGUAAUUGGGGGAAAAAAGUAUUUAUUUCUGGUGAAAACAACUGAACUGAAAGUGUUGGAAGGUGAAUUAUCCCUUUAUGUAUAAUGUAGUGGCAAAUACUUGAUUUUAACAAUAUAUGCCUCCUUUCAAAUGAACUUUUAAUAAGUUAUAGAAAUCAGUUUUACAAACAAAAAUUUUCUUGGACAGUGAAUUAUUUGUAUUAUUAUGUUAUAAAAUCAUCAUGCUUGGAAUUCAA